UUGUGCCUAGACCUCGCGAUUUUUAGUGCAGCUGCUGGGGAUCCGGGUCGAUCGAAACACGACCGAUCAGUGCUUAUUUGAUUGGUAGCCAAAAUGGUCCUUGACGGCUUUAUUUCAGAAAGGUGGCUCCGGUUGAAAACGAGACGGUCAAGGUUGUUCACGAAGUGCGGAGAAGCCAACAGACAAAGGUCGACCAGGCCACACAGGCAGCAGGCACCCUGGCUAGCUUGGAAUAGGUCCGUCCAUCUCUGGAGUGAAUCGUCGGCGAUGAAUGCUCGCAUCGCGGCGGCUGUCGGGGAUAUGUUGGUGUGCGCUGAGGUCAUACCCACGGGCAGCGGCAAGAUUCUAGAUGAAUGCGAGUAGACAGGAAGUUCCAUCAGACCAGUUGAUGAUGGUGAGUGGUGGGUGGUUGGAGAUGUUGGGGAGGCGCCGGACGGGCCCCUUCUUAACCGGGGUGCUGCUCGACAGGGAUCUUUCCUCCUUCACUACUC